UCUGUUUUUUAUUCAAUUUCUAUGUAUUGUUCUAUUUUUUAUCUUUUGUUUCUGUUUUUUUAUUAAAUUUUUAUAGUUUCUGUUAUGUGUUCAAGAAAUCAAUCAGAUUUUUGUUUGUUAUAGGAGGAAGAACAAUGAAUCAGGAGACUCAAUCGUCGUUAUCGCAAUUAGAUUCUAAUAAUAAUAAUGAUGAAUUUCUAGGGUCUACCUCUCAACAACCUAAGAAGAAAAGACAAGGUCCCUUUCGUGGUCCAAGUAGAGCACUCAAGUAUAAAAAGUUGCGAAGCAUUCAACCCGGAAAGCUCAAGGUUAAUAUUCCUCCAACAUUAGGAGCUGUUAUGAGUGAGCGUGCAAAUCAACUUGUUGCUGAGUGUGCUGAUUGGGUGAAGGAGAUUUGCCCCCUUAACGUUACUAAACGGAGUGAUAUGCGUGAAGAGAUUUUAGAUCGAUUAUAUGCAAGGAUUAAGAAGCUUAUGAGAAGGUUCUUGCACAUCGUUCAGGUUAUGCCCGAGGUUUAGGCAAAGGGCACCCGGUGUCGUCUAAAGAUGGAAAGAUAGGAAGAGCUGAGUUGGAACAAUAUGUUGAACAACUACAAAAUGAAAAUAAUAUGAUGCGAGCUGAAUUGGAAGCGUCUAAGAAGAAACAAGAAGACUGAACAAAAGCUUCGGUUAGUCAUGGAGAAGAUUGGCCUUGAUGCUUGAUAGAGAUUGUUUGGUGCUCAAGCUUUGAGGGAUGCUUUUAGGAAGUAUGUACUACUUCAGCAAUUAAGCUUUGAGGGACUUGAGUUGUUUGACAUUGUAGAGCACUUAGACUUUCAAAAGCAAUUAAUUGAUUUUGUAGCUAUGAAGCUUGUGCAUACAAUUUAUUGUUAUUGGCUUAGUAUAUUAUAUGUUGCAUAUUAACUAUUCAAAAUUAUGAUUA